AUGACAAUGAAACAUUCAUUUCAGGGUAUUAUUCGUACUAGUUCACUUGUUUAUCUGCAGCAGCAACAACAACAGCAGUUAGUUGACCAACGCCGUGGUCGCUACGUGCGAGUCAGCGACACCGAUCGGCGACAAUUGAUUGAAACAUACAAAAAAGGCGAAGAUUUCAUAGCAUUGGCCAAGAAGCUCAAUAUCAAACGAUCGACAGCUCGAAGUAUUCUCCGGACAUAUAUCGAUGAAGGACGUGUUUCAGCUAAGCAACGGGCUGGAACACGUCUUCGUUUUAUUACGGAAGAAGAAGCCGAAAUGAUCCGAGAAAUGAAACGUCGACAUCCGCUCAUCACUAUUGGUCAAAUACAAAUGCGUCUACAACGUACGUCGACUCGCGUCUUAAGCAAAGCAUCCAUAUCACGCAUAUUAACAAACAGUAUACGACUGGGCAAACGUGCUAAACGUGCAGGCGAGGGAGACGAUGGACAUGAUGAUCUGAAUGAUACUAUGAUCACUGACCAUAAUGAAUUCGCGCAACUAUCGUCGGAUGAAGGCACGGGUGAAGGAAUUUAUAUUGACGAAGAUUUAGAUGAUGAUGAAGAAGAGGAGGACGAAGAUGAGGAUAAUAAUGUGGAUGUUAGAAUGAUAGAUAACAAUGCAUCGUCACAAAAUUUGGAUGAUUUUCAACGGUUCAUGCUAUGUAAAACGAGUGUUAAUGAAGAUGAAUCCAAUGAUCAGGAAGGAGUUUCGUGGAAUGGCAAAGGACAUUAUGAUGAGAAUGUUUAUCCAACCUAUGAAAGUGAAAAUGAAGAUGAAUUAUCCGAAGUCGAUGACAAUGCAGCCAAACUAAACAUUGAUCAAUCGCCCACUGUUCUCUCCUCCCAAUCUAUCAGUAAUGAAAACCUAGGAAAUGUCAACGACACCGAUAAAUGGCCUUCAAUCAAAUUUGAACCUGUCUGUGUCUUUGUUAAUCACGAACUCGACUCAUCGGACAGCGAGCAACAAACAGCAAUCGAUGAUGAGCCAACAAAAACUAUUCUCAAUGCUCAAUCGACAGCAAACCGUCGCGUGAAAGUCUGUCCAAUCUGUGGCGAACAAAAUUUUUCUCGACUCUCACAUCAUCUUACCGUUACACAUAAUCUAAAUCGUGAAGAAAGUCUAACCUUACUCGCUUACGCCGAUCGAACAAAUAAUAAUACCAAUACCAACAACAGCAAUCUAUCUUCAAUUCCCACUGUCAGCAGUAGUUCACCAAAAGAUCUCGAUAAAAGUCCUCAGCAAACUCCGAUUAGCAUCAAUACAAACAACCAACAAAUUCCUUCGAGUGGAUUCUCGCCUAUCGCUACUGAUUUAGAUAAUAAUAACCAUCCGCAAUCGAUACUAACAACCAGUUCGUCACCGAGUGAACAACAAGGUUUAAAUAGUUUACCGAUCGAUGGUAAAAAACGUUUACUAUGUCCACGUUGUAAUACAUGGGUUUUAAAUUUAACAGAUCAUCUAAUAAAGAAACAUCAUCUAGUUUCUAAACAAGAACGUUUGCCAUUCUUACGCUUAGCACGUAACCGUUCAUCGACGAGUAAUUCAGAAAAACCAUCGUUGAACCAUUGCUUCCAUGUUAAUUCAAACGAACAACUAACCACACCGCUAUCGACUAAUAAGAAAUAUCAAAAUAUUAUUAAAAAAUACCGCAAAAAGAUUUUCAAUUCGAUUCCUAUUUCAUCAUCCUCAAUACCAAAUCGUGAAACAUCGUCAACCAAUUCCAAUUCGCACUUACCGAAACAAAUUCCAUCCUCAAGAAAUAUGAAUAUCAGCAAAGAUAUUGCCACGCAUCAAAAAUUCGAACAACGCUUAUCAGUCUUCCGUCAACAGUUUGCUGUGACUGUCGCCAUGCAAAAUUCAUUGAUGCAACAAAUGGAAUUGUUACAACGAAGUUUCGUGUCCAUCGAAGAAGAAUGGAACGACAUGAAGAAAGAAAUCGUCGAGUCGAUUUCCUAA